AUGCUUCUGUGCACCUAUUGCGAAGAUGACUACUUUUAUUCUGCAUGCAUUGGCGAAGUCCUGACCCGAUUGGGUGAAGCCCUGCAAGAUGCAUUCCAGCUAUUUCUCCGCACUGUUACACAUAACUACCCCGGGACAUCAUUCAAAUCCACUGCCCUGACCAUGAGUGCACAGCCACCCCCAAACGCCCUCAUUAAGCGAAUAGGCCUGAGAGAAGUAUACGAAGAUAGUGGCCGCCACUUCCAGCGCAGAAUCGGCACCGAGCAGUGGACCGAGUUCCAUCCCCAGCUCGCUGACAUCCCAUCGGCCGCAGCAGAGGAUCCUCUCUACAUCUCCCUUGUCCGCGAGAAGCAGGGAGAAGGCGAACCAAACCACUGGUCCAUUUUUGUCCACCGCGAAAACCAGGAUGGGUGGUUGUAUCAGGUGACGGGCGAUGCGGAAUGCAUGCAGUACGCGCAUUCUCCCGAGCCAGUCAACAUUGUGAAUUCGGAAGCGUUUCUCGAUAUCUAUAAUCUGGCGACUGUUGGUGAGGAGGAGGUUAUCACGCUUCGGGAGAUUGUGGACAGUGAACCGCCUCCCAGAGCGGAGAGUCGCGCCUUGGUGACGGAGAACUGUCAGGGAUGGGCGGUGCGGGUGAUCUCGAGACUAGCUGAGAGGGGGGUUGUGCAGGAGAAGAAGUUGGAGAUGGCGAGGUCGAUGCUGGAACCUGUCUGA